CCGAGUUUUAGGGUUUGUUUAUUGUGGAUCUCUAUUGCUCCAAGGCGCUCUCGGCGGUGGAGCUGCGCUUUCGCCAGUCAUGGGGAAGGGCGGAGGCCGCGGGAAGUUCAAGGGAAAGCCUACGGGCAAGCGAAAUUUCUCCACGCCGGAAGAGAUGGCUGCUGGCACGUCUGGGAAGCCUCGCACAUUUAGACGGGAAGAGGAACCAGAGGAGGAGUCCGAGGAGUCUGAGGCAGAAUCGGAAGAGGAGCCGGAGAAGAAGAAAGGCACUCAAGGCGUGAUUGAAGUGGAGAAUCCCAACUUGGCGAAAGCCAAAGGGACCAAAGCGAAAGAUGUUGAUUUGGACAGACCAACCGAGCUCUCGAGACGCGAAAGGGAGGAGCUUGAGAAGCAAAGAGCACAUGAACGCUAUCUCAAACUCCAGGAGCAAGGAAAAACUGAGCAAGCUCGAAAGGAUCUUGAACGCUUAGCAAUGAUCAGACAGCAGAGGGUGGAGGCUGCGAAGAAACGCGAAGAGGAAAAAGCUGCCAAGGAAGCCAAGAAGCUCGAAGCACGGAGAUGAUGAUUCGCUCGAACGAAAUCUAAAUACGAAACCACCAUUUGAGAUUUGUAAGUUCCAAUCUUUGAAA